AUGGGACGGCCGUCCCUCGCGCUGCGGCUGCUGCUGGCGCUGCUGCUGCUGCCGCCAGCGCCGUUGCUCUGGGCGCUGCGCCCGGAGCCCUGCCCGGAGCCCUGCAGCUGCCCUCCCGACGGCGCCCUGCGCUGCCCCGGCCCGCGGGCCGGCCUCAGCCGACUAUCACUCACCUAUCUCCCUAUCAAAGUAAUCCCAUCUCAAGCUUUCAGAGGACUUAAUGAGGUCAUAAAAAUUGAAAUCUCUCAGAGUGAUUCCCUGGAAAAGAUAGAAGCUAAUGCCUUUGACAACCUCCUCAAUUUGUCUGAAAUACUGAUCCAGAACACUAAAAACCUGGUGUACAUUGAGGCCGGAGCAUUUACAAAUCUCCCUCAGUUAAAAUACCUAAGCAUCUGUAACACAGGCAUCCGCAAGCUUCCAGAUGUUACGAAGAUCUUCUCCUCUGAAUUUAAUUUCAUUCUGGAAAUUUGUGAUAACUUACACAUAACCACUGUACCAGGAAAUGCUUUUCAAGGGAUGAAUAACGAAUCCAUAACGCUAAAACUAUAUGGAAAUGGAUUUGAAGAAAUACAAAGUCAUGCAUUCAAUGGGACAACACUGAUUUCCCUGGAGCUAAAGGAAAAUGCACACCUGGAGAAGAUGCACAACGACGCCUUCCGGGGGGCCACGGGGCCUAGCGUCUUGGAUAUUUCUUCCACUAAACUGCAGGCCCUGCCUAGCUAUGGGCUAGAGUCCAUUCAGACACUAAUUGCCACAUCAUCCUAUUCUCUGAAAAAACUGCCAUCAAGAGAAAAAUUUACCAACCUCCUGGAUGCCACAUUGACUUACCCCAGCCACUGCUGUGCUUUUAGGAACUUGCCAACAAAAGAGCAGAAUUUUUCAUUUUCCAUUUUUAAAAACUUUUCCAAACAAUGUGAAAGCACAGCAAGGAGACCAAAUAAUGAAACACUUUAUUCCGCCGUCUUUGCUGAGAGUGAACUGAGUGGCUGGGAUUAUGACUAUGGUUUCUGCUUACCCAAGACACUCCAGUGUGCUCCUGAACCAGAUGCUUUCAAUCCCUGUGAAGACAUUAUGGGCUAUGACUUCCUUAGAGUCCUGAUUUGGCUGAUUAAUAUCCUGGCCAUCGUGGGGAAUGUGACUGUCCUCUUUGUCCUCCUGACUAGUCGCUAUAAACUCACAGUGCCCCGCUUUCUCAUGUGCAACCUCUCCUUUGCAGACUUGUGCAUGGGGCUCUACCUGCUCCUCAUUGCCUCAGUCGAUGCCCAAACCAAAGGCCAGUACUAUAACCACGCCAUAGAUUGGCAGACAGGGAGUGGGUGCAGCGCGGCCGGCUUUUUCACUGUUUUUGCAAGUGAACUCUCUGUCUACACCCUCACAGUCAUCACACUAGAAAGAUGGCACACCAUCACCUACGCUAUUCAACUGGACCAAAAGCUGCGACUGCAACAUGCCAUCCCAGUCAUGCUCGGAGGCUGGCUCUUUUCUUCUCUCAUUGCCAUGCUGCCUCUUGUGGGUGUCAGCAGUUACAUGAAGGUCAGCAUUUGCCUCCCCAUGGAUGUGGAAACCACCCUCUCACAGGUCUACAUCUUAACCACCCUGAUUCUCAAUGUGCUGGCCUUCGUCAUCAUUUGUGCUUGCUACAUUAAAAUUUAUUUCGCAGUUCAAAAUCCAGAGCUGAUGGCCACCAACAGAGAUACAAAGAUUGCUAAGAAAAUGGCGGUCCUCAUCUUCACCGAUUUCACCUGCAUGGCACCAAUCUCUUUCUUUGCCAUCUCAGCUGCCUUCAAAGUGCCCCUCAUUACAGUAACCAACUCAAAGGUUCUACUGGUUCUCUUUUAUCCUGUCAAUUCAUGUGCCAAUCCGUUUCUAUAUGCAAUUUUCACAAAGGCAUUCCGAAGGGAUUUCUUUCUGUUGCUGAGCAAAUUUGGCUGCUGUAAGUAUCGAGCUGAACUUUAUAGGAGGAAGGAUUUUUCAGCUUAUAUCUCCAACUGCAAAAAUGGCCUCACUGGAUCAAAUAAGCCUUCCCGGUCUACCUUGAAGAUGACCACAUUACAAUGUCAAUAUUCUGCUGUCCUGGACAAGGCUUGCUGUAAGGAGUGUUAA